AUGUUUCACCAGCUUUUAUCUUCGUCGCUUAGAGUACCACAGCACACAGCAAAGCCACUUUAUGGAAUUAGUGUACACAUGGAUGAAAUGGGCCGCACAACUAAAGCACUUCUUGUUGCACGGCAUACACUUAUCACUCCUUUCGUCUUCCUAUUCCUUGUCUCCCUUCUACUCACUUACGCCUCUCCUGCUUCUAUCUGUCCAGCACAUUCCCAACGCUUCAACUCUCACUUUUACAACUACCAUCACCACCCAAAUAAAACCAUGUCCUCCGAGCGCACUUUCAUUGCCAUCAAGCCGGACGGUGUUCAGCGCGGCCUCGUUGGCGAGAUCAUCAGCCGCUUUGAGCGCAAGGGCUUCAAGCUUGUCGCCUUGAAGAUGCUGCAGCCGACGACGGAGCAGGCCCAGGGUCACUAUAAGGACCUUGCCUCCAAGCCGUUCUUCGAGGGUCUUGUGAAGUACUUCUCGUCUGGCCCUAUUGUGUGCAUGGUCUGGGAGGGUAAGAACGUGGUGAAGAGCGGCCGUGUGUUGCUCGGCGCGACGAACCCGGCCGACUCGCAGCCCGGCACGAUCCGUGGCGACUACGCCGUGGAUGUGGGCCGAAACGUGUGCCACGGCUCCGACUCAGUGGAGAGCGCGCAGCGCGAGGUCGCCUUCUGGUUCAAGGUGGAGGAGAUCGCAAGCUGGACGUCGCAUUCCGCUUGCCAGAUCUACGAGUAA